CCAACCCGAAGGCAAUUAACGAUAAUGAUCAAUAAUUUCCUCUGUCUGCCGCCAUCCACGGAGCGCUUCUAGGUGUUGACGUGGAUUUAGCUACAGUUGGGUUAAAUACAUUGUCGCUCURUCUCGUACUGAGGCUGGAUAGAUCGUUUAUGUAAUCAAUGGACGCCAAAAGACAAGAGUCGAGAGAUGUUGGCGAAGCCAAAGUCACUGAUGUAACUGAAGGACUCAAAGGAAAACCAUUGGGAUUGGAAUCCGGUGGAAUCCCUAACAAACGAAUCAAAUGUUCCUCAUAUGCAAGAAAAACUCCUGCAUCUUGUGCCAGAUUGAACUACCCUGGGUGCUGGUGCGCUGAUAAACGACUCGACUGUUGGCUACAAGUGGAUCUGGAAUAUCCACACUUUGUGACAGGCAUAUCCACCCAGGGAAAUCCGUUUGGAAAUAGUGACUUUACUAAGAAAUACAAGCUGCAGUACUCGCUGGAUGGGGUGGGUUGGACGACACAUGUGGAGAAUGGAAACCAGGUUAGAAUUGAAGGGGAGAUGUAUGGUUUGAAUUGGAAAUAUUCUAUAGGAAAUAUUCUAGAAGAAGAAAUUUACUAA